GUGAAUGGUCGCCAUCUUGGUUUAUCGUGUAUUGGCGCGCUUCCCAUUUGUAUCAAACAUUUAAAGUGAAACUUCACAGAAUGUCUACAGUUGCUGUCAGAAAGCAACAGCAAGAUUACAUAGUAUCAAAUAGUAGUGCUUCGCAGGAAAUCCAGCCGUCCCCGCUGGCGCUUUUGGCCGCUACAUGCAGCAAGAUAGGGUCACCAGUCGAUGAGGGUGGUACCCAGGGAUCACCUGUCGUUAAAGUAGUAGGUCAAACUCAGGUCUUACAGACUGGAGAAAUAACUGGAAAUGCAGCUGGACCAGCUUAUUUCAUACCGGUUCAAUCUCAAGCUGUAGGAGUGUUGCAUCCCGACGGUACUGUGACGCAAGUCGCGAGAGUGAAUGGACAGUCGCCUCCGCCCGCUUCUGUUACAGUCUCUGCAGCUGGAAUCAAAUCAUUUCCAUCGUCUGUCUCGUUAGGAACUCCCAGUGCACAAGCUGGAGUGCCUGUGGUUUCUGUUAACGGUCAGCUAUUUCCUCAAGGCGCACAAACAAUCGUAGCCCAUCCUCAAACAUGUGGAAAUGUUGCGUACAGUGUUAUUUCUGCAGACCAACUCACGAAUUUGCAGAUUGAUGGACAAGGAGCUAUUUUCUUCCCUGGCAACUUUAAUCAAGUGGCUACAGGACAGACACAACCUUAUAAGAUCAGUGAAAAAAACCAAACUGUCGUUUCUCCAAAUAUACAAACUUUUAUUCGUGCUCAAAAUGUGCAAACACCAUCUUCAAUGGCACUGCAAAAUAACUGUGGAACAUUACUUCAAAAUAAUGUUACUUUUUCGCCACUUGGUGGGCAAAAUAUGGCCAUCCGUCAAGGAAAUAUGCUUCAGGGUUUUCAAUUUCCUAUGGGCACGGUGCAACAGACCAUUCCGGUCCAGAUUCCUGUAUCAACAGCAGCAGGCCAGACAGCAUUACAGACUAUUCAUUUGCCUGUUCAGGUUAUACAACCCGUCGGAGGAGGAAACAUGUUCACGGCAGGACACCCAACACAGGUCAUGAAUCCGUUAUCUGCGGGACAAAUUUCGACUCAGAUGGCUCAGCUUGUUUCACAAGGCCAUCUGCAACAAGUCCAGAUGGGAACUCCUAUUCAAGUGCUUCACUUAACUCAAAAUGCAGCCUCUUCAAAUCCAGUCUCUACAACAUCGACGGAAGCCUCUGGUAUCACUGUUCCAUCUUGUACACCUAGUACAGCUAUGGUAACUUGUGGUCAGCCCAUGACUAUCCAAAAUGUGCAGCUGUCUUCUGGACAAGUUAUGCAAGGUCACAUGGUGGGUCAGAUUAUCACACAAAGUGGAGUUGCCACCUGGUGGCCAUCAUCUGCUUUUAAUGUUUCAAAUCUAGUUGGUUUAAGAACACCAAAUGUUAUUCAGGUUCAAGGAAUCCAAAAUAUGCCAACUAUAGCUGGACUCCAAAAUGUUCAAGGUCAACAGGGUCAAUACCUUAGCAUUUCCCCAAAUGGAAGUGUCAUUGCUACACCAAAUAUCCAGACUGGUGGUCAGUCUCAAGUAACUGGACAACUUAGCCCAGUACAUACAAUACAAACCAUUGGAGGGACUCAACUGAUUGCUCAACAACUUCAACCUGAUCCUACUGAUCCAACCAAGUGGCAGGUAGUAGCAGCAUCCCCUCUGACUACUCCAAUUCAGCCUCAGCCAUCCAUCACACAAGCUGAACAGGUACCCACGUCCUCAACCUCCACUGAUGGUAGCAACACUCCAAAUUCUUCGCGCAGGAUACGUCGAAUAGCUUGUAUUUGUCCAAACUGCAGAGAUGGAGAAGGAAGUGAUAUCUAUGACAAUGGAUUUCAACCUUUUUUUCCUCAUGGACCCCUUCAUGAAUCAAAGACAAUCUUGCAGACCCUCAUACUCAGAUAGAUCUAUCUGUGGAAGCUGAUCCUACUGUGUAUAAAAGCAGCAUUGACAUAAAUAAGUAUGUAAGUUUAAUCCAACAUAGUAUUUUAUUAAAUAUAAAAUGAAAACUUGAUUUGCACCAUUACUGGACUCCUAGGGGUGUGCAGACCACAGGUUGAGAACCACCAGUCUGUGUCAUCAAAAAGUAUGACGACUGAACUAUAGUAAAUAAUAAUCACUGUAUAUGACCAAGGCAUGCUGUUUUGAUCUGGCUGUUAGACAUAAUUUUCUGUGCAAUAAAAAUGUUAGUAAAGGUUAAUUAAGAAAAUAGAUAUUUAUGAUGUAUAUAGUUAGAGAAUGUGAAGAAUUAUUCUGUAGCUUGGACAGAUGAGGCACUUCUUUUGAAAUGUUAGGUGACAUUCAGGGAAUGUUUAGUGACAUCAAAAUUUCUUAUUGUAACCAAAACUUAAAGUUGAAUUUCAGUUUAGGAAAGGAAGUUCAGUUAGGAAGCUUAGAACAUUUUGAAGGUAUAGUGCAUCUCAAAAUUUACCUCGUGCUUUUUUUUUA